GCUUACAUAUACAUAUGUUGAAUCCAAGAGUGAAAUUUGCUUCAGUAUAUGUCGCAGCGAAGAGAAUCCAGCUACUGUUGUUGAAAGAAUACCUCCCUAGCCAUUAGAGAAAAGCUAGAUAGCUAGGAACAACUGUUGGUUGUUAGUAUCUUAGUUUUGCAAAAGCCACUACUGGGGAAGGAGGGGAUUCUUUCAAUCACCGUAAAACACAUGAAGUGGUGAGUGGUGACCGUUAUUCAUGGCAUCAUCUGAUGAUUUAGUGAGAAUAGUUGAGGUGAUAGAGGUUGCCCCAUCUUCUAAUCAAUUUCCAACCUCUGCUGCUGAAUUCAUUCUCCCACUUACCUUCUUUGACACUUACUGGUUUAAGCUCUCCCCUGUAGAACGCCUCUUCUUUUAUCCCUUACCAGCUGACUCAAAUCCUACCCUCUUCAACUCCGUAAUUCUCCCCAAACUCAAGAAAUCCCUUUCUCUUACUCUCCUCCACUUCCUCCCUCUUGCUGGCAACCUUAUUUGGCCGUCACCUGAUGCUGCAAAGGCCGUCAUCCGCUAUACUCCAAAUGACGCUGUUUCUCUCACGGUUGCUGAAUCUGACGGAGACUUCAACCGCCUCUCUGGUAAUGAAAUCAUUAACGCUAUUGAGUUACAUCCUCUGGUACCUCAGUUGAAGGCAUCACAUGAUGCUGUGGCAAUCACAGCCAUCCAGAUAACGCUGUUUCCCAAUAAAGGGUUUUGUAUUGGCUUAACAAUACAUCACACAGUGCUUGAUGGUAAAAGUGUGAUGAUGUUUAUCAAGUCUUGGGCCUAUAUAUGUACCAACCAAGAAAACUACCCUUUGCAGUUACCAUCUGAUCUAGCCCCGUUUUUUGACAGGAGUGUUAUCAAAGAUCCAUCUGGUCUUGAUGUGUUGUUCUUGAACCAGUGGCUAGCUCUUACAGCCUCAGAUCCCAAGACGAGAAGCUUGAAGGUGUCACAAAAUCUAGGAAGAGUUUCUCCUAAUCUGGUCCGGACAACAUUUCUACUCUCUCAUGACAACAUUAACAAACUCAGAGAAUUGGUUCUAUCUAAAUGGGACAAAAAAAAACCAAUCCAUCUGUCAACUUUUGUGCUGGCAUUCGCAUAUACGGCAACUUGUUUGGUGAAAGCAAGAGGGGGAGAAAGUGAGAGAGCUGUGUUUAUGGCAUUCGCAUCUGAUUACAGGACACGUUUAGACCCUUCCGUGCCAGAAAAUUAUUUCGGAAACUGUCUUGGUCCUCACGGUCAGUGUGUGAAAGCAGGAGAUCUUAUGGAUGAAAAUGGGGUAGCCUUUGGAGCACACAUGUUAAGUGAUGAGAUUAAAGGCUUAGAAAAGGGUGGGGUUCUUGAUGGAGCAAAAAAUAAAUGGUCUGCCGUGUUGGAUGCCAUCGUUAAAGAAUCAGGAUCGAUGCAAAUAAUUACUGUUGCGGGGUCACCCCGUUUCCAUGUUUAUGGAUUAAAUUUUGGAUGGGGUAAACCCAAGAAGGUGGAGAUUGUGUCUGUAGAUAGGACCGGAGCUAUUUCCUUGGCUGAGAGUCGAGAUGGGAGUGGUGGGGUUGAGAUUGGUUUGGCAUUAGAGAAGCAUGAAAUGGAAAUUGUUGCUUCUUUGUUCAAACUUUAAAUCCGAGGUGUAUGUGCGUUUUAGCAUGAUGGGUGAUUAGUAUUGAAAUAAACAUCAUGCAAGCUAUUCCAGUACCGAAUCAAGUCAGGGUAAAAGGAAGACAGCUAUCAGAGUGUCUUAGGUUUGUGGUAUUUUGAUGUCAUUGGAUCGGAGUUUACUUUUAAGGAAGUUUUUCUUUGUUGCCUUACGUUGUACAUGCAUGUUGACAGUGGGCAGCCAAUGGCUUCCUACACCCCUGCCAUCAAUGUUAACAUGUUAUUGCCUGGUAUGGUGUAGUCUUAUUCCAUUAAUGAGCCAGAGAACUACUGUUGGUUCUGGGGAUUCUCAGCAGAUUACGGGGCUGGAUUAGACCCACCUGUGCCAGAAAUUUACUUCGGAAAUUGUCUUGGUGCUCAUGGCGGUCAGUUUGGAAAAGCAAGAGAUUCCACGAAGCAAUUGGGAUCAAUGUAAGCUCCUGCUCCUCUUUCACAAAUCAUCCUUUGGUUUCGCUUUUCAUUACUUCUUUAGGCCUAUUCUGUAGCUGAUCUGAAUCAUGCUUUUCUAUCAUUGUCAUGAUAAAUUGUUUAUGGUGGGUAUUUCUUAAUUGUUUGUUUCUGAUUGUGGGUUUUUACAGUUAUCAGACAGGAGAAUCAUUAGUGAUUCAUGAUUAACUGCUAAUAUACUGUGGGGGUUUAUGUAUUUUUGAUUGUUGGACUUGGUGCAAAUGUUACAAAUAUCAGUUCAUUUUUUUAGGUGGGUAUUUUCAUUUUGUGUUUCCAGGUGAGUUCAGUAUCUAUGGAUCCAUUUAGUGUUUGUCUGAAUAAAAAUUAGUAAAGGGA